UUUGUUUCAUUGGACAUACGAAUGUGCUGUAAUUUGACUGGAUCAUGUUUCCCAGAUGACUGAGCCAUUAUUAUAAACAAGUCCUCUUGUGGAUAAACUAAUGAGUAUCCUGUGGCAAUGUCCACACAGAGGACAUACCUGGCUGACUACUGCAGGAUAGCUUGAAGAUACUCAUUUAACAGGACAUGAACUUGAUUGACAUCCUUUGGAGGCAAGAUAUAGACCUUGGGGCAAGACGUGAAGUUUUUGAUUUUAGUCAACGACAGAAGGAGUAUGAGCUCGAAAAACAGAAGAAACUUGAAAAGGAAAGACAAGAACAGCUGCAAAAAGAGCAGGAGAAAGCCUUGCUGGCUCAGCUGGAAUUAGACGAAGAGACAGGUGAAUUUGUUCCUGUGCAGCCAGCUCAGUGCAUUCAGUCAGAAAAUACUGAGCCGCCAGUUGUUUUUUCACAGACCACAGAGCCUUCAAAACCAGAAGCAGAGGCCUUGUCCUUUGAUGACUGCAUGCAGCUCUUGGCAGAAGCAUUCCCAUUUAUAGAUGAGAAUGAGGUUUCUUCAGCUGCAUUUCAGUCAUUGGUUCCUGCUCAGAUUGAUAGCAACACAGCCUUCGUUUCCUCUGAUCAGACUCAGCCACCUGAAUCACCUGAUCUAGUUCCACCCACUGAUGCAGAGAAUAUGCAGAACAUAGAGCAAGUCUGGGAAGAAUUAUUGUCCCUUCCAGAGUUACAGUGUCUUAACAUUGAAAAUGAUAACCUGGCUGAGGUGAGCACAAUCACCAGCCCUGCAACCAAGCCAGCAGAGACACACAACAGCUGUCAUUACUGCAGCUCAUUACGUGUGAUGAAAAAGGAUGUUAACUGCGGUCCUGAUUUCCUGGAUAGUAUUGAGGGUCCCUUUUCCAGCAUUUUGCCACCAGAAGACACCAGCCAGCUGAGUGUGAACUCUUUAAAUGACACGUCCCCUUCCAACUCUGAUUUCUGUGAGGAUUUCUACACCACCUUUAUCGAUACAAAGGCGAAUGGUGACACAGCAACGACAAACACUAUCAGUCAAUCCCUUGCGGAGGUUCUGAGUGAACCUAUUGAUCUUUCUUACUUCUCACUGUGUAAAGCUUUUAAUGGCAACCUCUCAGGGACCGGACCAGAAUGUAAUGACUCUGACUCUGGUAUUUCACUGAAUGCAAGUUCUAGUAUAGCAUCGCCUGAACACUCUGUGGAAUCAUCUGCCUAUGGAGAUAAGACUUUGGGUUGUAGUGAUUCUGAAAUGGAAGACAUGGAUAGUGCUCCUGGAAGUGUGCUGCAGAGCAAUACUAGUGUGCACUCUAUGCAAUUCCAGGAUCAAGUGUUUUCUUCCAUGGGGCCAAACACUCAAACACCAAGUUUGCCAUGUACAAAGACACCAAAGAAAGAACCCCCUGCUGCUCCCGGCUACCCCGAAGCUCCAUUCACAAAGGAUAAACCUUCAAGCCGCCUUGAAGCUCAUCUCACAAGAGAUGAGCAAAGAGCAAAAGCUCUGCAGAUCCCUUUUCCUGUUGAAAAAAUUAUCAAUCUCCCUGUUGAGGACUUCAAUGAAAUGAUGUCUAAGGAGCAGUUCAAUGAAGCCCAGCUCACACUUAUUCGAGAUAUACGGAGGAGAGGCAAGAACAAAGUGGCUGCUCAAAAUUGCCGUAAAAGAAAACUGGAAAAUAUAGUGGAACUGACACAAGACUUGACUCACCUAAAAGAUGAGAAAGAGAAAUUGCUUAAGGAAAAAGGAGAGCAUGACAGGAGCCUCCGCCAAAUAAAAAAGCAACUAACCACCUUAUACCUCGAGGUCUUCAGCAUGCUACGUGAUGAGGACGGAAAGCCUUACUCUCCUAGUGAAUAUUCACUGCAGCAAACUACAGAUGGUAAUGUCUUUCUUGUUCCUAAGAGCAAGAAGUCAGGGACUAAACUUUGAAGGGCAGUACAGCUGGCUACUGUUCUUUACUAUUUUUGUAUCAUUAUCCUGAUAGUUUUUACUGUGAGGUGGAAUGCAGAAUUAGGUAAUAUUUUUCAAGUCUAUGCAAUGAUAAUUUUAAAGUUGUUAAUUAGUUUAUGGAAGAUGCAAGUGGAAAAUUAAUAGUGUAAUGCAGAUGGAUGUAUGCAAAAUUUGUAAUCUCACUUUUAUAACAGAUGUUUUCUUCUUAUAGCACCACUUUGACUAGUUUCCGUAUAUAUGUAAAUAUUUAAAGAUGCCAUAUUUAUAUACUGUUCCUAUCUAUUGUUAUAUUCAUAGAUUUAUUUGAUAUAUAUAUAUAUAAAUGAUUUUAGCCUUCUAAAUAUAAUUUCUUGCAAGACAAACAGGUUGGCUUCUGAUACUUUUUUAUAAAUAUGCAAUAGUAUGUUUCCCAUUUUUCUUACACAUUUAUACUUGCUUUAUAUUUAAUAUAUUAUUUCAAUUUAGUAUAAAAGUUGACAGUGUUUGAUUUUGCUUUAUCAGUUCAUUAAACUUUUUAAACUCUACUUCAUGCAUGUUUAUUUCCCUAAAGAAGAGAAAUCCUCACUAGUUUUCCAAGGCUAAGCCUUCAUGUAACAGAUAUGCACAAUAACCAAUUGCACAGCCUUGUCAGCAUUACUAAUGCUUCAUUCAGCGUAAUUUAAACUGUCAUUUGGAAAGAUCACGUAGCACAAAGUUUCAAGUCUCUGCUAAGUUUACAUUUUUGUUUUGCUCUUUGAACACUACUUAAACUUGUGAGAUCUUCCCUCCAAAGGCAUUUAAAAUCAGUUAAGACAUUGUCAGCAUUAUGCCUUUUUCCAACUAAAAUUUCUGUACAUUUUAGAGUAAUUCUUCUAGAAAUACACUCUUGUGUCUCCGAUCAACAAGCAUCACUUGUCCCUGCUGUUACUUUGGUGCUUAAGGAAAACAGCAUACUAGCUGCCAGCCAACUGCACUGUUUGGAAUCAAUGCUCAAUGAAUUGAAAAGUGUUGUGGAGUUUAAAUUAUGAUUUAUAAAAGAAUAAAAAUUGGGCAAACAAAUAGCAUUGUUUUGUUUACUCUUGAAAGGAACUCACUGCACAUAAUCAUUGUGGAUUUUUUCAGUACAAAAAAUGCAUGAUUUGUAAGACACAUUGUUUGUGAACAUUAAAAACCAUAUCUUCUUA